AAUCAUGGAGGUUCCUUAAACUUCAGUUUCUCUUUGCUCCACGUCGAGAAUCUCCGCGUGAAAACAGGCAAUUUUCCGCUUUAACCGCGCCGUGCACUGGCCACAUGUCCACGCACCUGUCCCGCUGUGUCUGAGAGACGAGGUGAGUGGAGUAUGAUGGACGUCAGCUGGACUCCGCCCCCUCAGGCUUUCAAACGCACAAGCACCGCGGCCGACACACUGACGCGACUCGCCAGUUUCAUUGCUCGAGCAGAGUCCAAAACUGCUCUAGGCCGAAACCACCGGCCGCCACAAGUGCCACAGUCUGCCCCAAAUCUUCCCUUCACAUGCAGUGAAUGCGGUCUGACCUUCACCUACGCCACUGAACUCUUAACGCAUCAGGACACGCAGCACGCGCUCCCAAAACCUCACCAAUGUCCACACUGUUUGCAAGAAUUCUCGCUUAAAUCCUCUUUGCAAAUACACAAUUGUGAAGGUUCAUCUCAGCUUUAUCACAGUCAAACUAGCAGCAGUCCGACUUAUGCUACGUCGCUAUCAAACGUCCCUGAAAAUCCCAUAGAGGAGUUAGCUUGCACGCAGCUCGAUAUUGUAGAUGCUAACCCAUACGCCUGCGCUCCGUGUGGGAAAACGUUCACUCAAAAACAGGCUCUGUUGCACCACCAGCAGGCUGCAUGCGACGCUACAGCUUCUCCCCCUCCGUGUUUGGACAAUUUUGAAAGCCCUGCCUUAGACUUUCCACUUUCCGAAGAAGAUUCCUCCUCUUCCACUUCCGUGUGCGCUCCAGAUGGGGAGAGCGUUUGUAAGUUUUGUUCCAUAACAUUUCGGAAUGAGGCAGAGUUCCAGCGGCAUGUGAAAUUGAAAAGAUGCGAUAAGAAGGAAUCAUCUGAAAGCUCCAACGGAGAAGAGGCUAAAACUGGAAGAUUGUCGAAAAGUGUUUUUAGCUGCCGGUCUUGUGAUAUGGUUUUUAACAACACUGCAAAACUCUACAUGCAUCGCAAAGAGAAGCAUAGCAGAGGUAGGAAAUUUAUAGUGGACCCUAGACCAGUGGUAAGAAGACACAGGAGACCAAGCUCUUGUACUUACACAUGCCAAGUAUGUAGCAAAGUCUUCUUCCACCAUUUAUCUCUAUGGGCUCACACCAAAAAGCACCCAACACCUCCCCACAAUAAUGGAAAAAAUGCAAAUAAUCCAGGUGAAGACUCUACAAAAGAUUGUAAAUUGAUUGAAAAAACAGAUCUGGACAAGAAAGUUGCGCCGAUUAAGCUAACUAUUCGGAAAAGUGUUUGGACAAAGGAAGAGCUGCCAAAUCCACAUCAAAAAACAAAGUUCAAAAAUACUUUCAAAGCGCUAAAGCAACCAAAAGUGCCUAAAAGGGUGGAGGAUAACGAGGAAGAGGAGGAGGAGGAGGAGGAGUUUCCGUGUCCCUCUUGUCCCGAAGUUUUUUCCCAACUUUCCGACUUAAGGACUCACUCGGAGUUGCACCAGACUGCGCUGAACAGAGGUAAAUGCGGUGUGUGCGCUUGUGAAAUGGACUCUUCCAAACGUGCGGGUGCUAAAAGGCUUCGACUGUACCACUGCUCUCUGUGUCGGAGGGGGUUUUCGGCUCUGGAGCUGUUUCUGUCGCACUGUCAGGAUCACCUAAAGGCCAAAGUGGAGGAGGAGAGAAUGAACGGAGCCACGACAGACACAUGAGCUGGUCUCAGGGCUGAGCCAUUUGACAAAAAUAUUAUGAAGACUUUUUGUUUGUUUUAUUUACCUCAUUUUGGUCAGUCACAAU